AUGUCGGCCGCUAUACUCCCCCUACCCGGUGCGGAUCAGCCCGAUGAAAAUCGAGGACCCCAGAUUGCUGGGGCCGUGGUAUCGACGACUCUAGCUGCGCUGGUCGUCUUUUGCGCAAGGAUGUACGUCCGCUUACGAAUGAUUCGGAGUAUUGGAAUAGAUGACUAUGUUAUGCUCGCGGCUAUGCUUCUCUCCCUCGUUGGAAUGGGAAUCGUUAUCGCCCAGGUUCACUACGGAGCAGGUCGCCAUGCUGCAUAUCUCGACCCCGAAGUCAACAGAUUUGGCCUUAAGUUAAACUUCGCCUCACAGCCAAUAUACCUAUGGGCCAUCCCAAUAGUGAAGUUAUCAGUGGGAUUCUUUUUACUCCGUAUCAGCCCUUCCGUCUACUACAAGCGAAUUCUGCAGGGCGUCAUGACGUUUCUCAUGGCGUACACUUUCGUUAGCCUCAUGACGUUGAUGUUGCAAUGCAACAACCUUGCGGUGCUUUGGGACUCUCGUAUUCAGACGACGUGCUGGUCACAGUCGACUGUCCAAGGACUAAGCUACGCCAAUUCAACGGUCAACAUUGUUACAGAUAUAUUCUUUGCGCUCUUACCAAUCCCAAUGCUUUGGAAUGUCAAGAUUAAUGCUCGUAAAAAGGCUUCGCUUAUAUGUAUCCUCGGUCUCGGUGUCUUCGCAUGCGCAGCAGCCAUUGUCAAAGCUGCCUUUAUUUCAAACUAUGGAAAAACUGGUGACUUCUUGUGGGACUCAGCCAACUUAACUAUAUGGAUCGCAGUCGAAACAAACACGGGAAUCAUCGCUGCGUGUUUACCAUGUAUAAAGCCGAUGUUCAAAACCAUAUUCGACAGCUCUCUUCGCUACGGAUCGUCUCGCAAGAGAGACACGUACAAUCUCCACAAUUAUGCUCACGGUACAGGCACCAAGGGAUCUAAAUAUUUACACUCCCAGACAAGGACAGAGAUAGACGCCCGACGCGUAGCUGUUCCGAACAGCUUGGCAGACAAUAUAAGCGAGGAGAGCAUCUUGACGCAGAAGCCCAAUGGAAUUACCAAGACAACCGUUGUAACGAUCGAUCGAAGCGUCGAAGAGAGCGGCGAAACAUCAGGAUGGCAUAAGGACUAUCCUGAGCGGGUGGUUGAAGAUAGAUUAUAA